AUGCCUCUCUCAUCCUUCCUACCUCAUAUUCCAUAUCCACCCUCCAGGGAAGGAUAUUGGAGCCCCGUCACAUCUACGCUGAAUUGGUGCGAGGAGGAUUACUAUGCCACCAUCUACUCCGCAGAGAUCGUCAACACGCUGACAAACCUGCUGUUUAUGGCCCUUGGAAUCAAGGGUUUCCUAAGUUGUCGUCGCAAUGGACAUGAUUCUAUCUUCCAGGUCGCUUACCUUGGCUAUCUGCUGGUCGGAACUGGAAGCUUCCUCUUCCAUUCAACGUUGAAAUAUCCCAUGCAGCUGGUCGAUGAAUUGUCCAUGAUAUACACCACGUGUCUGAUGUGCUACGCAUCCUUCUCAUACUCCAGACCGAAUGGCUUUCGCGUCAUCCUGGGCAUCUUCCUUGCCAGCUUGGCGAUCUUCAUCACCCUCUACUACCACUACCUCCAGGACCCCCUGUUCCACCAGAACGCAUAUGGCAUCUUGACAGCCAUCGUCCUCAUCCGCAGCAUGUACACCAUGGAGGUGACGCUUCGUCCUCGCUGGCGUCAUUCGACGGAAGAGGACAGGCUUGCGCGUGAGAAGCAGGGCCUGCCUGUUCCGACCAAGGAACACCAACAUUACGAAAAUGUACGGGACAUUAAGACUCUCAAGACCAUGUGGUUCAUGGUCAUCUACGGUUUGAGCGUGUUCCUGGGCGGGUUUGCCAUCUGGGGCUUGGACAAUGCCUUCUGUUCGAAGAUCCGCGGAUGGCGCCGGCAAGUGGGUCUUCCCUGGGGUAUUCUACUGGAAGGCCAUGGUUGGUGGCAUCUGAUGACUGGCCUUGGGGCCUAUAUGUACCUCGUUUGGGGCAUCUGGCUCCGACACUGCUUGAACAACCGGCAAGAGGAGUACCAUCUCUGGUGGCCUCGCUUUUGGAACAUCCCCGAGGUUCUCCGCACCAGCGCCCCAGGCAAGGGCGCGAACGGGGUGGCCAAGAAAUCAAAUUAA